AUGGAGGAGGAAUAUGUUGACGCGCAGGACUCUGGAAUGAACGAAGCGGUGAAUCGUGGUAGUGAUGGCAACGAUAAUAUUGGUGAUGGCUCGAAGGAUUUCGGUGAUAUGAGCUAUGAUGAUGGUUACGAAGAUGACGACGGAGGCAAUGGAUUCCGUGGCGGCCGCGGGCGUGGCAAUUUCAGAGGGCGAGGCCGCGGGCCGCCUCCGGCCUGGAUGAACGGCCCGCCGCCCAUGCGGUUCCGCGGGCGCGGCUACGGGCCCGGCGGGCCGCCGAUGCGAGGCCGCGGCUUCUUCCGCGGUCGGCCUCGCUUCAACAACAACUACGACAGCAACUGGGGGCCUAUGCCGCCGCCCAUGAUGGGCGGCCCGUUCGGCCCCCCGCCGCACGGCAUGAUGGGUCCGGGGCCGAUGGGGCCGCCUCCAAACAUGAUGGGGCAGCCGCCGUUUGGGCCUCCGCCGAAUAUGCCGCCGCCCAAUAUGCCGGCACCAGAACUCUGGGUAGAGACAAAGUCCGAAGAAGGCAAGUCAUACUACUACCACGCGCGCACGCGCGAGACAACCUGGACCAGGCCGCAGGAGUCCCCGACUUGCAAGGUCAUCACACAAGCCGAGAUGGAAGCCAUGGCUGCCGCAGGUCAAAUGCCCCCCGGCGGCUUGGCCAACCCCGCCGGCAUGGGCAUGAGCGGCCCGAUGGCCGGCAUGGGCGGCAUGCCGCCCGGCAUGAUGCAGCCGCCCGGCGCGCUGCCGCCCUUCAUGACGCAGCCGCCGCCCUGGCUUAAAGAUGGAGGUAAACCGGAAAACAAGCCAGAGGCGCGCAGCCCCAGCGAAAACGACGACUCACCGCCUGGCGAGCGCUCGCCCGCGCUACAGCCUCCAAACGGUAAUAUGAACUUCCCGCCUGCGGGCGCUCCGGGCGCGUUCCCGACGGGCGCCGGAGCGCCGCCGCAGGGCUUCGCGCCCGCGCAGGGCUUCCCCAACAACCCCCCCCCAGGAUUCAACAAUCCACCCGGCUUCGCUGGCGUGCCUGGAGUCCCCGGCGUGGCGGGAGGUCCGGGUCCGGUGCCGGGGGGUCCGGGUCCGGGGGGUCCGGUCCCGGGGGGUCCGGGUCCGGGGGGUCCGGGCGGCCUGACGGGCGCGUGGGGCGGCUGGGGCGGCUGGCCGCCGCCGCUCGUCGCGCAACCGCCGCCCUUGGCUAACGCUAACGUGCCUAAUGCCGGGGCAGCGACCGCCGUGACCGGGGCUGCGGAGCCGUUAGAACAGCCACCACCAGUGCUGCCAACACCAAAGAAAGAGGAGACGAUUUAA